GGUUAUGCCCUGUGGUAAACGUCGCUGCUUUACGGCAGGGAGCGGAAGCGUAAUCGUUUUGUUUUGACGCGAACAGUCAAAGUGUCUAUUCGGGAUGCUGAGCUUCCGGUGGAUCCGCGUGUCCCGUGAGAAGCGAUGAGCUCGAGCCCUGACGUGGAAAGCGAAAAGCCGCGAGUCAAAAGAGUUCGUACCGAAGGGCCAACGGAGGAAACAGAGGGUCCUGAGGAACAAAGGGCCCCCCCGGGGAGCCGGGGCCCCGACAGCACCGUGGGGAACAAAGUUUUCAAGCAGCGGACCCUCCACUCUUGGCUGGGACAGAAGCGGGCGCGAUCCGACGAGCACAGCAGUUUGUUCUUGUCCCGCAGGUAUCACCACAAACGUAACCACGGCCUAACCGCCGCCAAGAUGAGCUCCGAGGGGAAAACGGAUAACGGCGAUCAGAGGAGGAACGUCCUGGAAAACAUCUCCCCGCGGAGCCCUCAGAAGCCCCAGCGUGGCCACCCAUGUCUGACCCUGGCAGAAGAUCAAAGCUUAAACAACAAGCCAGAGGUUGACAACCAGCAUCCCGCCUCACCCGAAGACAACGUCCUAGACGAAGAAAGAAAUGUGAAGUUAGUAAAAGGGCGUCCUUCCAACGACCCUCCAUCCGGUGACCCGACGUCUCCUGCUUCCCAAAGCCCCGUAACGGACGCGGUCGACUGCGUUCCAGAAAGUCCCCUCUCCGACGCGGACCACGGAGAGUCAGGAAGCAACACCCAAGACACGGAGAUAUAUCCCCGCGACGAGGCCCGGUCUCCCGCCGAGCGUGAAAGCGAGUCCGAGUCUUUGAUGGAGGUGGAUCAGAAGAGCAGCCAGGGCUCCGAAGAGGAACCGGAAGAGACCGGCGACGAUGACGACCGGAGCAAAGGAUCUUCUGGCCGCGACCUCUGGAGCGAAGCAUUCUGGGAAAAGCAGGCUGGGCGUCAUUCAGAGCCACUUGUCCGACGGAAUAUGCAGAGCCAAGGAGAAAAGAUGUUGAGGUACGUUGUACCCCGGGGGUUGGCGGCGGUUGUCGGCGUGAAACUUAAAAGCGCUGCCCGGAAGCGGUCUGUUGUCGUGGAAGGCGAAUGCUCCCCCGCGGACACGAAAGAGCCUUUGAGCUCUCCGUACCAUUCUACAAAUGAAACCUGGUUAGGCGCACCCAUCGAAGAGAUGAAGAGGAUGCCGGUGUGCGGCUUGCGUCUGCCGCCCCUCAGGCAGUCGGGCCAACAUACCGUCACCGUGCGGUAUGACCGGUUACAGGAGAACGCGGAGCCCGAGCCGUAUCCGCCUCGCUACAAAGGUCCCUGGGACCACAGCUUUGUCAAGAUGCCCUGUCUAAGCAGCAAAGAGUUCUACAGCACUAAGAACGGCGAAUGGGCCUCUGGGAACCGGUGGAAGUCCAUCGUUAGAUCGCUUGGACGAAGAAUCGAGAGUGCGCAGGAGCUUAAGGCACCGAUCCUGGAAUACAACUCCUCGUAUUCGAGAAACUGGGACUUCACCGCCCUCCUGGAUUUCUGCCAGAAGGCGCUUGAUGAAGACGAACAAUCCCAUCUCUUCGAGGUCGUUCUGCCUAAGAUGGCCGCGUUGGCCCUUGAACUUCCAAAUCUCUGCACGCAGCCCAUUCCGCUACUGAAGAAAGGAAUGAAUCAUUCGCUGACGAUGUCUCAAAAACAGAUCGCUUGCCUGUUGGCCAAUGCGUUCUUCUGCACCUUCCCACCGCAUAAUUCCAAAAGGUCGGGUUACUCCAGCUACCCCGACAUCAACUUCAACAGAUUAUUUGAAGGAAGAAACCCAAGAAAAUCUGAAAAAUUGAAAACACUCUUUUGUUACUUUCGAAGGGUUACAAAUAAAAGUCCCACAGGCCUUGUGACAUUCACGAGGCAGUGUCUUAAGAGCUUUCCGCAGUGGGAAAGAUCUCCUAAAAAGUUGACUAAAAUCCAUGUCACCUGUGAAGGUACGAUUGAAGGCAAUGGGCAUGGCAUGCUGCAGGUGGAUUUUGCCAACCGCUACGUCGGGGGAGGCGUUAUCGGCUCAGGUUUAGUUCAGGAAGAAAUCCGCUUCAUCAUCAAUCCUGAACUGAUCAUAUCACGGCUGUUUACAGAAUCCUUGGAUCCCAACGAGUGCCUUAUCAUUACAGGCGCCGAGCAGUACAGCGAGUACACUGGAUAUGCCGAGUCGUACAAAUGGGCUUCGAGCCACGAGGAUGAAGCCCCGCGAGACGAGUGGGAGCGACGCUCCACGGAAAUCGUUGCGAUUGACGCUCUCCACUUCCGAAGCCACCUUGAGCAGUUUGCCCCCGAGAAGAUAACGAGAGAGCUGAACAAGGCCUACUGCGGGUUUUUCAGAGCUGAUAUUCCCCCUGCAAACCUGUCUGCGGUGGCUACAGGCAACUGGGGAUGCGGUGCGUUCGGAGGUGAUCCCAGACUAAAAGCCUUAAUACAGCUCCUGGCGGCGGCCGAAGCCGGACGAGACCUGGUGUACUACACCUUCGGAGACCGGGACCUGAUGCGGGACAUCUACAACAUGCACGCUUUCCUGACGCAACAGGACAAAACAGUCGGUGAUAUUUUCCAGUUGCUGAUGUGCUAUUUCUCUGACGUAUGCAAGAACUGUUCUUCUCCGCGGCCGGAUGUUAAACUCUACGACUUUAUAUACGAAGCCUUAAAAUUCUAAAAAAAAAAUUUUAAA